GAUACUCAUGUGCUGGACAGACUGGCCAAGUGUCAUUUUCAAAGAAAAAGAGAGACGCGUCCAGUUGUGAUAAAUGGCACAGAGGAAUCUGUGAUUGCUGAAGACUUGAAUAUGGGAGAUGACGACAUAGACUACAACAUAGUUUUCCCAGAGACGUUGAUUUCAGAGAGGCACUGGCGUGGAACAAAGGAACCAAUUGUAAUAUUGCUGGGAUGGGCUGGUUGCAGAGAUAAACAUCUAGUUAAAUACAGUUCAGUCUACACACAACAGGGAUGCAUCACCCUCCGCUAUACAGCCCCUUUGAAAACAGUCUUCAUCUCAGAGUCAUUUGGUUACAAGGAACUGAAGCACACUGCUUUUAAACUGCUAGAGACACUAUAUGAUUACGAGGUGGAGAACAACCCAAUUAUUUUCCAUGUGUUUAGUAAUGGGGGGUUCAUGCUGUACAGGUACAUUGUGGAGCUUUUACAGAGGGACCAGCAGUUCAGCAAUCUCUGUGUACUUGGUGCAGUGGUGGACAGUGCUCCAGGGAGUGCCAAUGUGAAGGGGGCCCUUCGUGCGCUCAGAACCACCCUGGGACCCAACAUUAAUGUGUUCCUGCGCUACCUCCUCAUGGCUCUGUUUGCCGUGACGGUGGUCCUCAUUCGAAUUGUCCUGUAUCCCAUAACCAAGUACUUCCACAAGAACCACUAUGAUGCCCUGAUGGACCGACCAGCUCCAUGGCCUCAGCUUUACCUGUAUUCUCGAGCUGACCCGGUGAUUCGGUAUACAGAUGUGGAACGGAUGGUCAGUGUGCUCCAGGGGAAGAACCUGUCUGUCCAGAGUUUCGACUUUGUCACACCAGGCCACGUGAGUCUUUUCAGAGACUUCCCUGAGGAUUAUUCUAGACGAUGCCUUGAUUUUCUUAACAGCUGCAUGACCAACUCAGAAGGGACAAAAUUGAAAAAGCGCCUUGUUAUACAGAACUGAAAAAUAAAAAACAAAAAUCUUGAAAAUAAAAUGAAGCUGUGUGUGUUUUGAACUGCUGUAUUUACCAUUUGUUGUUAUCUUACACUACUGAAGUGUAAAGUCUAUGAAUUUUAUAUGACUUUGACUUUUGACUAAUAAUAUUCUUUUUGUGAAAUUCAAAUGUAAUCUGCUUAUUUUGAUUUCUUUAUGCUGUCUGAAGCUGUGAAUAAAAACAACAUUGACCAUUAA